AUGGAGCCCGUUCCCGCAGACGUUCUUGCUGCGCCCGCCAGCGGCUGGGCGGGCGGCGGAGAUCUCGAGGCGGAGUUGGCGGAGAUCGGCGCGCAGCUGGAGGCGGUGGCGGCUGUGCGCGACGAUCUGCGCGCGGCGGUGCAGCGGAUGGACGGGCUGACGCGGCAGGUGCAGUCGGACCUGCUGGGCGUGCAUCGGCGGCAGGAAGGCGCAGUGCAGCAGGCGGUGCAGAAGGCGCGGGAGAGCGUGCCAAAGCUGCAGGCGGCGUAUGCUGAGCUGGCAGCAAUCAUUGCUCGCCGCCCGGGCGAGUUCUACAGGUUCAGCGACCACUGGCGCAGUCAGAACCACACGGUGGUGUCCCAGCUGGCGUUCGCUCAUUGGCUGGACUCUGGAACGCUGCUCUCACAUAAGCAACUAGAGGAACAGCUACAGUUGCGGGCAGCAUCGUUCAGCAUCGAUCUAGAGGACUAUCUCACCGGCCUCUGCGGUCUCUCCAAUGAAUUCCCGCGCUUUGUGAUGAACAGAGUGACAGCAGGGGAUUAUGCUGUCCCGCGAGUGGCGGCCGCCUUUCUCAACGACCUCUUCGCUGCCUUCCGCAAGCUCAACCUGCGCAACGACAUGCUCCGCAAGCGAUUCGACGGCAUCAAGUACGACCUGAAGAAGGUGGAGGAGGUGGUGUAUGACGUGGAGAUACGAGGGCUGGCGAAAACAGCAGCAGAGCCCAUGCAAGAUGCAUAG